GGAAGAGCUCCUGUGGGUACAGCAGAUCGACAGUCGAGAAUUGUGUUAGCAGGCAACGGCGACAAGUGAUUCGUACUAUUUUUUUAACACCAUAUUUCAGUUUCUAAGAGCAGGUUUAAGUCUUUCUAAAAUCCACUCUUCAGCAAGCGUGUCACCAAGAUGAGCUUCCUGUUUGGCAGUCGCUCAUCUAAGACUUUCAAGCCGAAGAAGAACAUCCCAGAGGGCUCUCACCAGUAUGAGCUGCUCAAACAUGCUGAGGCAACUCUGGGAAGUGGAAACCUGAGGCAAGCUGUCAUGCUGCCAGAAGGAGAGGAUCUCAAUGAGUGGAUCGCUGUCAACACUGUGGACUUCUUCAACCAGAUCAACAUGUUGUAUGGCACCAUCACUGAGUUCUGCACUGAGACCAACUGCUCUGUGAUGUCUGCAGGACCAAGAUAUGAGUAUCAUUGGGCCGAUGGCACAAAUAUUAAGAAACCCAUCAAAUGCUCAGCUCCCAAGUAUAUUGAUUACCUGAUGACCUGGGUGCAGGAUCAGCUGGACGAUGAGACACUUUUCCCCUCCAAGAUUGGAGUUCCUUUUCCUAAGAACUUCAUGUCUGUGGCCAAAACCAUCCUGAAGCGUCUGUUCAGGGUUUAUGCUCACAUCUACCACCAGCAUUUUGACUCUGUGAUGCAGCUUCAGGAGGAGGCUCAUCUCAACACAUCCUUUAAGCAUUUCAUUUUCUUUGUUCAGGAGUUCAACCUGAUCGACAGGAGAGAGCUCGCUCCCCUGCAUGACUUGAUCGAAAAGCUUGGAUCCAAGGACAGUAGAUGUUCCAAAACAAACUUAUUUUGUCUUCUUUUUUUUAACUGUUUCCUCUUCUUCUCUGUCAAUCCGUGUGACCUCUGCUACCUCUUUAUUCAUUUCAUCUGCUUUUGUUUCCUCUUUCGUCUUUCAUGCUUCUGUUUAGCUUCUAUCGUAUUGCAGUGUACAAAAUAACUUCACAGGACCAUUAGGUUUUUGGGUUCUCCAUUGAGAUUUUACUUUGGACCAAGAACAUUAGGAAUUUAAAUUAAAAUGUAAUGGUUAAUUAUUAAUAAUGGUUAGUUAUUGAGUUUUUUUUUAUUUCAUUUACUUUACAUGUUGUAAUUAAAUGGACUGACCAACAAUCCCAUCAUGAGACUUUUUAAAAAUUCUAUCACAAUUGUACAGAUGGGAAGGUUUACAAUCUUUAAAAAAAAUGUGUCCAAUAGCAUUUUUGCUCUGCAACACAAGGUGGUUGACAUCACAUUUACAGAGUAUUUCAAAUUUAUGAAAAAGUGAAGUGAGAUAUCGACCCCUGCCCUGUGUUAGCCUGCUUCUUUAUUUGGUUGUACGAUAUUGUUUUUGCAAAUUUUCAAGUACUUUUUCUUUCAUUGAAAUAGUUAUAACAGAGAUGUAGCUGCAAUAUUACUACAAUAUACUUAAUCUGCUAGAUAUUAUAAAUAGCCACUAAAUGCUUGUAUAAUUUCUUUUAUAAAGGCUUUGUAUGGAAGAAACAUUACUUUGAAAGCAAGAAUAGUUCAAUGUGAAUUUUUUAACUGUCAAUUGAGUUCAUUUCUGUGGUGCUGAAUAAUUGUAAACCUCUCCGUUUGUUUCCAAUGCUGGUACUUAUCUUUCUUUCCACAUAACAUUUCCCAUUGAAUUGAUAAAUGGAAUAAUAAUUAUUGCACGUUUUGAAUGACAGACGAAUUACCUGAGCUGUGUGUUGUUUUUUUUUGUUUUUGUUUUUUAAUGAGGGUUUUGGCUGUUUUUGCUGCCAUCCUUAUGAAAUCAAAGGCACCUAAUAUUUCUGGUGCAUGUCCUUUUCCACAUAAAUCCAAAUUCUUAUUAGACAAUCAUGUGGCUCACUAAGAGCUGUUGUAUAACUACAGUGGGGGAAUUAAGUAUUUGGCGCCUUGCUGAUUUUGCAGGUUUGCCCACUUACAAAGAAUGCAAUGAUCUAUAAUUUUAAUCAUAUGUAUAUUCUAACAGUGAGAGACAGAAUCACAAAGAAAAUUCCAGAAAUUCACAUCAUAUGAAUUUAUAAAAAUGAUAACCAUCUGAUGAGUAAAAAAACAAGUAUUUGACCCCCUACCAAACAGCAAGUAUUCUGGCUCCUACAGGCCAGUUGGUCUUUCUUUAAGACUCAUCUCCAAUCCAAACUAAUUAUCUACAUUAAAUACACCUGCCUCACCUCGUUACCUGUAUAAAAGACACCUGUCCACACCCAAACAACCACCAUCCAACAUCUCCACCAUGGGCAAGACCAAAGAGCUUUCUACGGACAUCAGGGACAAGAUUGUUGACCUGCACAAGGCUAGGAUGGGCUACAAGAGAAUUGGAACGCAACUUGGAGAGAAAAGAUCAACUGUCGGUGCAGUAAUCAGGAAAUAGAAAAAGCACCACACCGCCUCGAUCUGGGCCUCCACAAGAUCUCGCCUCGUGGGGUGUCCCUGAUCAUGCGAACAGUGAGGAACACCAUCCCCACUGUCAAGCGUGGUGGCAAUAUAAUGCUUUGGGGGUGCUUUUCAGCCAAGGGGACGGGACACCUCCAUCGCAUUAAGGGGAGGAUGGAAGGCGCCAUGUACCGUGGAAUUCUGGACAAACACCUCCUUCCCUCAGUGAGAGAGCUGAAGAUGGGUCGAGGAUGGGUGUUUCAGCACGACAACGACCCUAAGCACACCGCCAAAGCAACAAAAGAGUGGCCGAAGAAGAAGCACAUCAAGGUUCUGGAGAGGCCUAGCCAGUCUCCAGACCUGAAUCCAAUUGAAAAUCUUUUAAAAAUUCGAGUUGCCAGACGACAGCCUGGGAACCUGAAUGAUUUGGAGGCUGUCUGCAGGGAGGAAUGGGCCAACAUCCCUGCCGAAAUGUGUACAAACCUUGUCACAACUAUAAAGACAGUUUGACAUCUGUGCUGGCCAAUAAAGGCUUUUCUACAAAAUAUUAACAUGCUGUUUGUCCAGAGGGUCAAAUACUUGUUUUUCCUCAUCAGAUGGUUUGGAAAAAAAUUAUAAAUUGUUGCAUUCCUUGUAAGUGGGCAAACCUGCAAAAUCAGCAAGGGGCCCAAUACUUAUUUCCCCCACUGUAUGCAUCAUUGGAUGCAUACUUUUAUUUUAUUUUUAUUUUUCAAGUAACCACUAUCCAAGACAUGCCAUUCUACUUUUGUUUUCAACAAUUUCACAAAAUCUGUUGAUUUACUCUAUUUGAAUGCACAUUUAUCAUUGUGUCACAUGUUUCAAUUCUUUUUAAAUAUUAUGGUGGAGUAACAUUUUAUAUUUCAUUGCAAAGUAAGUUGUUGACUCAGCCUUUUCAAUAAGCAAAUAUCAAGCUGCAAUUAAUGAUAAAUUGUAAUAGAUAUUUACAACAAUUGAACAAUGAAGAGAUGGUCAUGUUGACUGGGGAGCGAGCCAGAAUGUGUGUACUUAUUUCCAAAUGUGCCUUAAUUGUAUCAAUGUUUUAAUAUGAACUGUGCCUUACAGAAAUGAGCAAGUCUGACACUGACAGUAUUGGUAUAUCAAAAACUCAAUAAACACAGAAAUGACAAAUAUAUA